UUUCUCUAAACAACAUCCCCAUCUCCUCCGCUAUCAUAAUCUCUUUCUUCAUCACAAUAUUCUUGAAAACAACAGACUACUAUAUACUAAGGCAAAUCAUUAAACAUAUCUAGCUAAGAUGAGGAGUGGUGGCUAUACAUUCCAACAGUCACUAACACAUGAAUCAGCAAGCAUAGUGAGGCAGGCAAUGAGCUUAGCUAGAAGGAGAGGACACUCCCAUGUGACACCUCUCCAUGUAGCUAGUGCCAUGCUGGCUUCCUCCACCGGGUUACUCAGAAGAGCUUGCCUUCACUCCCACUCUCACCCCCUUCAAUGCAAAGCCCUUGAGCUUUGCUUCAAUGUCGCCCUCAACCGACUCCCAACUUCUUCUUCAAACCCCAUUUUGGGCCCACAUUCUCACCUCCCUUCCCUCUCCAAUGCCCUGGUUGCCGCCUUCAAGCGAGCCCAGGCCCAUCAAAGAAGAGGGUCCAUCGAGAACCAGCAGCAGCCCAUUCUUGCCCUUAAAGUGGAAGUUGAGCAGCUUGUGAUUUCCAUUCUUGAUGAUCCCAGUGUGAGUAGAGUGAUGAGGGAAGCCGGGUUUUCUAGUAGCCAGGUUAAAAUCAAUGUGGAACAAGCCGUUUCCUUCGAGAUUAAGGAAGGGACCACUCCGAAACCGUUAGUCCUGGGUGUUCCUCCUCAUCAUCAACAUCAAGUAAGCCGGUUCCCACCAUCAAGUGACCGGACGGUCAGAGAUGAGGAUGUGAUGAGUGUGGUGGAGGCUAUGAUGAGCAAGAAGAGGAGAAACACGGUGGUUGUCGGGGAGUGUUUGGCCACGGCUGAAGGGGUAGUGAAAGGAGUGAUAGAAAAGAUGAGCAAGGGUGAGGUGGAGAGGGAGGACAUGAGGCAUGUGCAGUUUAUCAGUGUUCCUGUUUUGACCCUGAGAAACAUGUCAAGGGAGGAGUUUGAGCUGAAGAUUGGGGAGCUGAGGGCCUUGGUGAAAAGCUACAUAAGUAGGGGGGUUGUUUUGUAUUUAGGUGACCUUAAGUGGGUGUCUGACUUUUGGUCAAAAUAUGCUGACCAAAGCACUCACUAUUGCUACUCUCCCGUGGAGCACAUGAUAAUGGAGCUUAGCAGAUUGUUAUGUGGUGGGAUAGGCGAAAAUGGGAGACUUUGGCUAAUGGGAAUUUCCAGCUUUCAGACUUACAUAAAGUGCAAAACUGGCCAUCCUUCUCUUGAGAAUCUUUGGUCUCUUCAUCCCCUCACAAUCCCUGUUGGCAGCUUCUCUCUUAGCCUCAAGCCCGAAAGUGAUUUGCUUGGUCAAUUGGGAAGCAAGACAGCAGUAGUAGAAGGAUCAAGCUGGUCUCUGAGUAACAGAAAUCAAGGUGCUGAUGAGAAGCAUCUUACUUGCUGUGUAGAUUGCAUGUCAAACUUCAACAAAGAUGUUAGAAACAGUAGGUGUGCUGUUAAGACUGAGCCUAACACCACCACAAGCUUGUUGCCUUCAUGGCUCCAAAAGUGCAAAGAUGAUUCCACAAGACAAACCACCAACCAUCAGCAGGAGUAUGACGGGACUACUGAUCUAUGCACGAAAUGGAACUCAAUUUGCAGCACAAUUCACAAGCACCCACUUUUUCCUGAAAAGAACUUGAUGAGUUUCUCUCCAUCUCCAUGCUCAUCGCCUUCCAUAUCAUCUUCAAACGACAAAAAAAGUUCCAAGUUACACCAAAGCCUACUGCAAUGGCCAGUCAUCUUUGAGUCAAACCGAUCACCCAAAGAGCACCUAUUCUUUGCAUCCCAAAACGGGGCGCAGGCAGGAACUACAAAGCCAGACUUGUUAUCCAACCCGAAUUCGAGCCCUAACUCGGCUUCCUCAAGUGAAGCAAGCGGGGACCAUCUUAUACCCAUGGAGUGUUUGAACAAGUUCAAUGAAGUGAAUUCAGAAAACAUGGACAUUCUUUGCAAGGCGCUGGAGAAGAGAGUUCCAUGGCAAAACAAUAGCGUGUUCCCAGAAGUAGUCGGCACAGUGCUGAAGUGUAGGUCAGGACUGGUGAAGAGGAAAGGCAAACAAGAGACAUGGAUGUUCUUCUUAGGUGUUGAUUCACUGGGGAAAGAGAGGGUUGCAAAGGAGCUAGCCAGGGUUGUGUUUGGUUCUGAGGACAACUUUAUCCCCAUUGGGAUUAGCAGCUUCUCACCAUCACUGAAGGUGGUUUCCGCGGAGGCAGCGGAGGAAGAAGUGAUCAGCAACAACAAAAGGGGGCGAGACGAGGAAGCGGGAAGCUAUCUUGAGAGGUUCUUGGAGGCAGUCAGGCAAAACCCUAGCAGGGUUUUCUUCAUGGAGGACAUUGACCAAGUUGACUAUCAUUCCCAGAAGGGAAUCAAGAAACUGAUUGAGAGUGGGAGCUUCAAACUGCCCCAUGGUGAUGGAGAAACGGUGAGGAUGAAGGAUGCAAUCGUCAUUUUCAGCUGCGAGAGUUUCGAGGCCGCCACCACGUCAAGGGCCCCAUCUCCUGUGACUCCUCCCAUGGCUGCACCAAAGUGUGAGAUGUUCCAAGAAAGAAAGCCAUGUGUUUCGCUGGAUUUGAACCUUGCAAGUGAAGAUGGCCAUAGUGAUGAGCAUUUCCGUUCCAACCUUGGAAUCCUGGAAGUGGUAGAUAAACAGGUUGAGUUUAAAAUUCAUGACUUGUUAGGUUGAGCAGAGAUGAAUCCAAAACCCGGAAUCAUGCAUGUAGAAUUUCUAAUUUCCUUUACAUUUUGUGGUUAUAUAUAUUUGUAUUUUUUUGUUAUUUUCUUUGUUUUAAUUUAGUUUUGUGUUCCAAAAAAUGUGGGAAGGGGGUAAAGUUAAAAUUUUCACAGGUCCCAUAGAUUUAAUUUAGAUGGAGUUGAAGUACGUAGAAUAGAUUAGAGAAGAAUGAAAUGUACAUUUAACGUACACUUGCUUGAAGCUUUAGUGAUGCAUGUUGUGUUGUUUUGAUUUUAAUGUAUUGUUAACUUAUUAUUCUUGUACGUACGUAUACAUUAAAUUGAUGUGGCAGCAU